CACCACACACAUAUAUACCGCCUACAUAUACAUCCAGGUAAAACUGUAUCAACAUUUAAUGCAGAACGAAAAGAUAUAUAUAUCCAAGUAUAAAUUCUUCUAGAUUUAAUGUAAAAAAAAACACAUAUAAGUUAAAACAUAUGCAGUUAAAAAGGCCGGCGUACGAAAAAGUGGCUGAAUGCUUCAAGCUAUGGUAUUGAUUGCCGCAUGAAUACUUGUGUGUAAUAAUCAGUCGCCUAUACAAGUUGUAGAAGUGUUACUAGAGUAGAUAGGGGCGCGAUGCAAACAGCACAGGAUAUGUCAGUGACUGACGAAGUUAUGGAAGUACAAAACUACAUUUUUGCUCCAACAUAUCAUUUGUUCUUUGAAGCCAUCCUUAUUAUUUGUAUCAUUAAACUGCUGUUUUCUAAAAGUUACAAUCCUGAAAAAACAAUACUCACAGAAAAGGAAAAAUCAGAUUUAAUUGCUGACUGGGUGCCUCAGCCACUUGUUCCAAAGACGAGAGAAGAUCAUCCACUUUUGGACAAUCUGAGAAAUAAUGUCAUUUCUGGGAAAGCAGGCAAAUACCUGACUAUCCAAGGUCGACAAUGUAUUAACAUGGCCACCUUUAAUUUUUUGGGUAUGCUUGGUGAAAAAAGUGUCGAGGAUGCAGCAAUUGAGACCCUCUUGCAAUAUGGGGUUGGUUCUUGUGGUCCAAGAGCGUUCUAUGGCACCAUGGAUGUUCACCUCAACAUGGAAGAUAAGAUGCGGCGAUUUCUUGGGUCAGAAUCAGCAAUUCUUUAUUCCUAUGGUUUUGCUACUGUUGCAAGUGCUAUCCCUGCAUAUUCAAAACGUGGUGAUGUCAUAUUUUGUGAUGCAGGAGUUUGUUUCUCAAUCCAAAAAGGUUUGUUAGCUUCCCGUAGUGUAAUAAAAUAUUUCAGACAUAAUGAUAUGGACCAUUUAACAGAAUUAUUGAUUGAACAAGAAAAAGAAGAGCAAAGGAAUCCUAAAAAGGCCAGAAUUACCCGUAAGUUUGUGGUAGUUGAAGCUGUCUAUGUAAACCAUGGGGACAUUUGUCCGCUUCCUGAAAUCAUUGAACUCAAGUAUAAAUAUAAAGUUCGAGUAUUCCUUGAAGAGAGUUUAAGUAUUGGAAUUCUUGGCAAAACUGGUCGAGGUUUAUCUGAAUAUUAUGAUGUAUCAAUAGAUGAUAUUGACUUCCUGGUUGCUACCUUGGAAAAUUCUUUUGCCAGCACUGGUGGGUUUUGUGCAGGUAAAAAGUACAUAGUUGAUCAUCAGCGUUUGAAUGGCCAUGGUUACUGUUUCUCUGCUUCCCAACCACCUUUAUGUGUAUCAGCUGCCAGUAAAGCUUUUGAUAUGAUUGAUCAAGACAACUCAAUUAUUGAACAAUGUCAAAGAGUCUGCAAGUUAACAAGUAAAAAGCUGAGCGAUAUUGAUGGUCUUGACCUACAUGGAGCUGAAGAAUCUCCUGUAAAGCACCUCCGGCUAACAGAACCUAGCGAUGAUAACGACAUUGACAAUAGAACCCUGCAGAGGAUUGCAGACAUUGCUAUAAAGGAAGGUGUUGCAUUGACUGUCACUAACUAUUUAGAAGAUGAAUACUGGAUGCCAAAACCAAGUAUUAGAAUUGCUGUCAACCGAAAACUCGUGUCUGAAGAUAUUGAAAAGGUUUCUUCUGUUAUUAGGAAAGCUACCCAAGAAGUUUUAUUUUCUACAUAGGCUAUCCUUCUCGCCGAAGAUGUUUAGGCUUGUUUAGCAGAAAUGAGGAUAAAGAUGGUUACAGGCUGUUUUGCAAGAAAACGCAUCAAUUAACAAGAAUGAGUAAAUGCAUUGAAAGAAAGGAAGGAGCAAAGUAUCAAAUGUGUCACAAAAAGACACUCCAAUAGAAAGAAAUACAAGAGAGAAACAAGCUUGUAUUACAGUCACAUUAAUGUGUUUGGAAGGUAUUCCAUGUUACCAUCGGCAUUCCAUUUUGUGUUAAUCUCCUGAUCAUAUCUUUUGUUUAAUGUAUUUUGCUAAAAAAAAAAAGAAAAUUAAAAAUAAAUAAGAAAAAUUUUUAAAUUAAAAAAAAAAUCAAGAAAAAAUUAAAAUUUAGAAAAAAAAAAUGAAAGAAAUUAAAUUUCACUUAAAUAAGAAUAAAUAAAAAUAUCCAGAUAGACAUGGUUGUGCUCAAAGGAGUUGAGAUAGGCUAAAUGCAUGUUUGUGUGUGUGUGUAUGUAUGUGUGCAUGCAUGUGUGUGUGUGUGUGUGAGAGAGAGAAAGGAGUUAGAUUUCCAGAAGUCUGAGUAUUGAAUCGUGAAACAUUUAAUUUCCAUACAGUCUUCUGUUUUAGAUAUAUGUAUAUAUAUGUGUGUUUGCACAUAUAUAUAUAUAUAUACACACACACACACACAUACACAUAUGUGUAAAGUCUUCAAGGAAGCUAUAUUGCAGAAGCACUCAGCUCUGAGUGUAUUACUUUCCAUAACAGAAACAGCUUUUAGCUAAUGAAAUUGAUUACGUGAUUCCUGUUCCUUUGUUAUUCAUUAAUUAAUAUGUAAAACUACAUGCAAUUUCCAGAUUAUUAAUCCCUGGUUUUCCCUCCAGUCGUCUAAGAUUAAAUCUUCAUAAAUCAUUAUUGAAAAAAAUUCUGAUAGGGAAUGUUAUUCAGUUGCCUUUAUAUUAGACCAGUGAUUCUUAACCUGAGUAGUAGCCCCCAGAUGGGGUGCAUUGUGAACUCCCAAGGGACAAUAUAUGUCAAACAGGUAAUGGGUGUUUAAGAAGGUAUUGAGAUUUUUCAUAGAAGUGUUUUUAAAUAUCUUUGUCAGAAUUAGAAUAUGUUGGUCAUUGUGUUAUUGGUGAGUUGAGCCAAGUUCCAAUUUAAUUCUAUUAUAUAAGUCCUCAACUUCUGUAGUUAUUGCCUUAAAAAUUUAACAUGAAGUUGCACUACCCAUGCAAAUAUCUAAAAGAAAAAUGUGUCCUAUGUUACAUGGGAUAGCAUAAGAAAAAAUAUUGAUUAUAAACCAGAAUUAGAUUCUGUGGUGGAGAACCACACCACUACAUUCAAAGUAAGGUUUAUGAAAUUGGUAUUAAUCCGCACAACUGUGUGUGUGUGUGUGUGUGUGUGUGUGUGUGUGUGUGUGUGUGUGAGAGAGAGGCACAUGUUUUUGUUUAUAAAUGUAAGGAAAAAUUAUCAGUACAUGAGAUAUAUUUAUUUGGAAUCAGUUGAUGAUGCCCAAUACUCAGUUUAUCAAGGAAAAGUUGUAUAGGUGAGACUGGUUAAAUCAUUCAUUUGUCGAAUGAUCAGGUGGUAGUUUGUGUUGCACCCCCUUGGUGGUUCAUGUUGCUGGCUUUAUCCAAUACUAUGUAAGGGAGAGCACUGUAGCUUGGCCUACAGGCAUGACUGCCAUGGUCAAAGAGGACUUACUCUUCAAUGAUUAUAGUGUGCCGACUUUGACUACACAGAUUAAAUACAUACUGCAGACAAGUUCUUCAAAAGGAAUUGUCUCCUGUGACGACAGAUGGACACAAUCUCAGAUCUCCUAUUCAUUGGCUCCUUCAGGGUGUGUACUGUUUUAGUCAAACAUAGCCUACAACUUCAUGCUGUUAUAUGAUGUGCCUCUGUUUACUGGGGCAUGUUUAGAUCUUAGGUCACUUGGUUUUACAACAUAUCUUAACCAAUGCAACUUUUCCUUUUACUUCAUUUCAUUAUUGUCUGAUUAACCACACAUAGAGUAAAACUCUGUGCAGCAAUGGAGUGAAUCAUAUCAACCCACAAUAUACGUAUACAUAUACAUACAUGUAUUUACAUAUAUAUAUAUAUAUAUAUAUAUAUAUAUAUAUAUAUAUAUAUAUAUACAUAAAUAAAUAAAUGUGUAGGUAUGUAUAUAUGUAUGGGGAUAUAUACAUAUAUGUGUGUAUAUAUAUAUAUGUAUAUACACACGAUGCUUUUACAAAGAAUUGGAAUUUUGUUUGUGGGAACAUGUGCAGACACAUGUAGAUUAUGAAAUUAAUUUUUUAAAUUUUAUUUUAUUUUUACUUAGACUUUAAAAAUCAUCAAAUUUUGACUCUGGUUGACUGUUAUAUUAUUUCAACUCCUCUAUAACAAUAUUUUGUUAUGUUAAAAUUGUUGACUAUUUGCUGAUUGUUUCUUUUUUAAAACAAUGAAACAAAAUUUUACAGAGAUUUAAAUGAACAAAAUGAUAUAUAUAUUCUAUUUUUUUUUGAAGAGUAAGCUUGCAUCUUUGGUUCAAAUAAAAAAAAAUUUUAUAUUAA